CAGUGACGUUUUAUCUUGCUCUUGAUUAAAAAUUAUUUAAAGUGAUUUUGUUUUUGUAAACGUUUGUCGUUUGUCUAACGAUUGUGGUCAUUAUUGCUGAAUACUGCUGUUUUAAUUAAGCAAAUAUUUUUAUUAAAAAGGUUCCACCUCUAAGUGGUUAUAAAUUAAAAUCGCUCAAAUAAAAUAAAUUAUACUACAAGUACUACACGCCGGCUAACAUGGAGUUACAAUGCACAGUGCAGAAUUACGACUGGGGGAAAUUGGGAUCUGACAGUAUGGUGGCCAAGCUACUCUCUAGUGCCGAUAGCAAAGUCUCUAUUGACGCUUCAAAACCUUACGCUGAGUUAUGGAUGGGGACACAUCCCAACGGACCCGCACUAAUAAUAGACAGGAAUGUGCUGCUCGGAGAUUACAUCAAAGAUAACCUGGAUGCUAUUGGCCCAGUGGUCAAAAACAAAUUUGGUGUUUCUGUGCCGUUUCUCCUCAAGAUCCUGUCAAUAAGAAAGGCAUUGUCUAUACAAGCUCAUCCUAAAAAGGAACAUGCUGAAGAACUUCACAAAAGUUUCCCGGACAUGUAUAAGGACCCAAAUCAUAAGCCAGAGCUUGCUAUAGCGUUAACACCAUUUGAGGCUCUCUGUGGAUUCAGACCUUUGUCUGAAAUUAAGAUCUUUUUGACAAAACUACCAGAGCUGACUGAGAUACUUUCAGCGGACAGUGUCAGUGCCCUCUUAGCCCAAGAAGACCAUGGAGACCAAAACAUACUCAAACAGGUCUUCCAUUCCCUCAUGACUGCCAGUAAAGAUACUAUUGCAUCAAGUUUGAGCAAAUUCCUGACAAGAAUGGAGAAAGAAGAUGCAUCAGUACAGUUAUCACUUCUCUACCAGCUUGUCCAAAGACUGCACAGUGACUUCCCUGGUGAUGUUGGCUGCUGGGCUCCAUACUUCAUGAACUAUUUAGAGCUCCGGCCUGGCCAGGCCAUCUUCCUCAAGCCUAACUUGCCACAUGCGUAUAUUAGUGGAGACUGCGUAGAGUGCAUGGCGUGUUCAGACAACGUAGUCCGAGCGGGUCUCACGCCCAAACACAUCGACGUGCCCACUCUAGUCGCCAUGCUGGACUACGGCAGCUACACCAAAGAUGAACUGCUCUUCAACCCGAAGUUGGAAGAUGAGAACUGCUGUAUCUGGCGACCGCCUGUGCCUGACUUUGCUGUUGCGAAAAUUAAGGUAAACGGUGACGACGAGCCCUACAACACCAUCAUCCGUCCCAGCCCCAGCCUCAUCAUCGUCACGUCUGGUUCCGGAGAGAUCUGCGACACAGAGCCCAUAAUAGCAAGACCUGGAGUAGUUGUGUUCCUAAAGGCCAGUCGACAGCUGACUCUCACACCAGCACCGGGAAGCCAUCUUGAGGCCUAUCAGGCUAUAUGCAAUGUGUGAAUAGCGAAUGUUGUCUUUUAGUUCAUUAAUUCACAUUUAUCAUCGUCAUAAUUAAGCACACGUGACAUUGGCAAAAUCGUGAUUCCCAAAACCAAGUCAUAGUAAAAAAAAAGAAGAGAUCCCAAGUAAUUGGAAUUAGAAAGAAUUUACUUGGGGUUCCUAAGAGAUCUGUGACACAGAGCCCAUAAUAGCAAGACCUGGAGUAGUUGUUCCUAAAGGCCAGUCGCCAGCUGACUCUCACACCCGCACCGGGAAGCCAUCUUGAGACCUAUCAGGCUAUAUGGAACGUGUGAAUAGCAAAAAUAUAUUUUACUUCCUCAACUUCAUCAUACAUACAUGACAUUGGCGAAAUCGUGGUUCCCAAAAUCAAGUCAUCGCCAUAAAAAAGAAGAGAUCCCAAGUAAUUGGAAUUCAAAAGAAUUUACUUGGGGUUCCUAAGAGAUCUGUGACACAGAGCCCAUAAUAGCAAGACCUGGAGUAGUUGUGUUCCUAAAAGCCAGUCGUCAGCUGUCUCUCACACCUGCACCGGGAAGCCAUCUUGAGGCCUAUCAGGCUAUAAUAUAGCCGCUAUAUGCAACGUGUGAAUAGCAAAAAUGUAUUCUACUUCACCUUCAUCAUCGUCAUCAUACAAACAUGACAUUGGCAAAAUCGUGGUUCCCAAAACCAAGUCAUUGUCAAAAAAAUUGGAAUUAAAUAAGAAUUUUAUUGGGGUUCCUAAGAGAUCUGUGAUACAGAGCUCAUACCAACAAGACCGGGUGUAGUGGUAUUCCUAAAGGCCAGUCGCCAGCUGUUUCUCACACCUGCACCGGGAAGCCAUCUUGAAGCCUAUCAGGCUAUAUGCAAUGUGUGAAUAACGAAUGUUGUCUUUUAGUUCAUUAAUUCACAUUUAUCAUCGUCAUCAUUAAGCACACGUGACAUUGGCGAAAUCGUGGUUCCCAAAACCAAGUCAUUGUCAAUAAAAAGAAGAGAUGCCAAGUAAUUGGAAUUAGAAAGAAUUUACUUGGGGUUCCUAAGAGAUCUGCGACACAGAGCCCAUUCCAGCAAGACCUGGAGUAGUUGUUCCUAAAGGCCAGUCGCCAGCUGACUCUCACACCCGCAUCGGGAAGCCAUCUUGAGGCCUAUCAGGCUAUAAUAUGCAAUGUGUGAAUAACGAAUGUUGUCUUUUAGUUCAUUAAUUCACAUUUAUCAUCGUCAUCAUUAAGCACACGUGACAUUGGCGAAAUCGUGGUUCCCAAAACCAAGUCAUUGUCAAAAAAAAGAAGAGAUCCCAAGUAAUUGGAAUUAAAAAGAAUUUACUUGGGGUUCCUAAGAGAUCUGUGAUUAGGGAUUGCAAAUAUUCGAUAGUUUUCUAUUUCGAAUAUUCGAAUAUUUUUUCAGUGAUAUUCG